GGCGCGGGCGGCGCGGCGGCGGGGACGGAGCGCGGCGGGGAUGAGCGAGGAGGGGGCGGGCGGCGGGGCCAGGCGGAGCGGCGGCUUCCCCAGCCCUGUCCCCAGCCUGGAGCAGAUGCUGGCCGCCAACCCCGGGAAGACGCCCAUCAGCCUGCUGCAGGAAUAUGGCACUCGCAUAGGCAAGACCCCUGGCUACGACCUCCUGAAGGCCGAGGGACAAGCCCACCAGCCCAAUUUCACCUUCCGUGUCACCGUUGGGGACAUCAGCUGCACCGGGCAGGGGCCCAGCAAGAAGGCGGCAAAGCACAAAGCGGCGGAGGUGGCCCUGAAGCUGCUCAAAGGGGGGGACAUGCUGGAACCCGCCACCCCCGAGGAGCCCAGCUCUCCUUUCCCCCCAGAGCCCCCGGCUGAGCUCAGCCCCGUGGCCGCCCCCCCUGCACCCACUGUAACCCCACCCUCGCCCAGGGGCACCCCCCUGGAGAUGAAGACGCCCGUGUCCCCCCCCCAGUCGGAGUGUAACCCCGUGGGGGCUCUGCAGGAGCUGGUGGUGCAGAAGGGCUGGCGCCUGCCCGAGUACACGGUGACGCAGGAGUCGGGGCCGGCGCAUCGCAAGGAGUUCACCAUGACCUGCCGCGUGGAACGCUUCGUGGAGAUCGGCAGUGGCACCUCCAAGAAGCUGGCGAAGCGCAACGCGGCCGCCAAGAUGCUGGUGCGGAUCCACAACGUCCCCAUGGAGCCGCGGGAGGGCAGCGAGGCCGAGGUGGAGGAGGACCAGUUCUCCAUGGCGGGCCCCAGGCUGGAGGGGCUGCGGGGCCGAGCACCCGGCUGCACCUGGGACUCCCUGCGCAACUCGGCGGGCGAGAAGAUCGUGCAGCUGAGGAGUCACCCGCUGGCACCCAUGGGUGCGGGGGCCUGCGCCCUCCUGCAGGAGCUCUCCGAGGAGCAGAGCUUCGCCAUCAGCUACCUCGACAUUGAUGCGUUGAGCCUCAGCGGGCUGCACCAGUGCCUGGUGGAGCUGUCGACGCAGCCGGCCACGGUGUGCCACGGCGCGGCCCCCUCCCGCGACGGCGCCCGCUCCCAGGCCGCCCGCAACGCCCUCCAGUACCUCCGCAUCAUGGCGGGGGGCAAGUGAGCCCCCCACACUGACACCGAGACGGACCCACGGACACUCCGACGGACCUACAGACGGACCCCUGGACUCACCGACUGACGCACGGACCUCUCACAGACGCCUGGACCCACUGGUGGACACCCAGACCCACCCACGGACACCUAGACAGCCAGCCAGCCCCACUGACACACUCUAUGGGUGCCCAGACCAGCUGACAGACAGACGGACAGACACACGGCCCCCCAGGUGGAGCCCAGACAGACCUCAGGACCCGGGGGUUCCCUCCGUCCCGGCCCCCCAGGGGCGAGGAGGGUCCCUGGGCGCCAACCAGCCCCCGGGAAUAAAGCUGGGGGGGUUUGUAAA